GAUCCAUCAUCUCCACUCUGAAUUGUUCUCCUUCACUCUGGAUCCUGAACAUGUCUGGAGGAAAACUCCCAGAAUAAAGUCACAUCCCCACCUGAGGACAGACGAGACUACACUCCUCUUCACUUUGCCGUCGACCUGCCAGCCGCUCCAUCAUGGAGGCCAGAGGAAAGUACGACUUCACAGCGUCGGACGAGGAGGAGCUGAGCUUCAGGAAGGGAGACAUCCUGAAGAUCCUGGGCCCGCAGGAGGAGUGGUGCAAGGCCGAGAUGAACGGACAGGAGGGCUUUAUCCCCAGGAACUACAUCGAGAUCCAGAUGCCGGGGUGGUUCCAGGAGAACGCCAGUCGUAGCGCUGCCGAGGACCUCCUCCGGACCAGAGACGUCGGCGCCUUCGUCAUUCGGGGCUGCCAGAGCUCCCCCAACGACUUCUCCAUCUCCGUCAAACACGAGAACGACGUCCAGCAUUUCAAAGUGAUGCGGGAUAACAAAGGCCAGUACUUCCUGUGGUCGGAGAAGUUCACGUCGCUCAACAAGCUGGUGGAGUUUUAUAAAAGCACGUCCAUCUCCAAAACCAGAGAGAUCUACCUGAACGACGGCAGCCGGGACAGCAGGAGCCCCACCGCCGCCCAGACAAAAAGAGGAAGUUUGCCUGAACAGCGUAGCGUGGCAGCAGAAGCAGCCGUUCCACGCAGAGCAUCAGACCAGCCACACAGUCAGCUGGUUAAAAAACUGGGACUGGAGGAGCGAGCUCAGUCCAUUGGCCACACAGGUAGAAGCAGCCCAGUCAGCUCGGGUUUUGCCCCCCGCCGGACCUCUGAGACGAUGCCCCCGCCCCAGGUGUCGGCGGUGCAGGUACAGGCCAUGUACGACUUCACGGCGGAGGAGGACGAUGAGCUGGGCUUCAGCGUCGGUGAUGUGAUCGAAGUCCUGGACCGCUCCGACGCAUCCUGGUGGAAAGGGAAGCUGCGAGGAAAGAGCGGGCUGUUUCCUGCCAACUACACCAUGGUGCUGUAGGAGGAAACAUCUGGAAGAGAAGGAAUGGAACUGUGUCCCCGGAGAGACGGCCGGGCCCGUGCACACCCAACCACUCCCGUCAAAACAAGCCGCUUUUACCUGUUACUUUCAGAAACACUUUGUUUCAACAGCGGCGACAAAAACACUGAAAAACAGUGUAGUGAGCAUGCCAGGCGCUUCUGCAAUGAAACACACACACACACACACACACACACACACACACACGCUGCAGAGAACAAACGCUUUAAGCGAGAACAAUGGGAGAACAUAGACGUUUGUAUGGACAGACCACCAGGAGAACCUGGGCCAGUACCAGGACCAGGACCAGGAGAGCCUGGACGGGGAGCCAUGACGCUCAGGAGGACACUGUUCUGGAUGUCUAUCUACUGAGCAUGUGCGGAACUGUGUAGCACAACCGGUGCGCUUGUUUGGCAUUUCUGUCCAGGUGUCUUUCAGAAAGUGUCGUUUUCAUUCAGCUGCAUUGCCUUUUCUCUUGAACUGGUUGUAAACCGCCUGGACCUGGACCCAGCAGCUCCUCUCUGGUCACACCAACUCCUCCUGCUGUUUCCCCUUGAAGCAUGGAAAGACCUCUGACUCCACAAUAAACACAUUAUUGCUGCAGAUUUUUUGUUUGUGUAGUAACCUCAUUAAAAUCAGUUUUGUGUUAUUGUUUUUGUUGUUUGUGUAUUUUCAAAGUAAAAUUACUGGUUGGUUAUGUUCUCUAGGAAGACUCAUAUAGCUAAAUGUAUUAUUUUAUGAACAAUUUAAUGUGACCACUAGUGAAAAUGUAAUUAUUUGUACUGAUUGUAUUUUUCUAUUAUUAUUAUUAUUAUGAUUUUGCCUGUGACGACCAGACAGGAAGGGACUUAGCUAGCCCACCGGAGCAGCGCCUCGGGACCUCCAGCACCAGACAGCCGGGGGGCGGAGUGCUGCGGGUGGAGCUGCAGGACCUUGAUGGAGGCUGCCUGAUGGAGGUCAGUCUGCAGGAGGCUCAGAGUCCUGCUGCUCUGCCGCUCUGUUGCUGCUCUGCUGCUCUGUUGCUGCUCUGUUGCUGCU